AUGUCGAGGCCUCUCAACAAUCAGGUUAGCUGUGGCGUUUUUAUUUCAAGUGCAUGGAUGUUGCGCUCUCUUUCCAAAAAGCCAGUGGAUCUAAUUUUAGAACUUACACUGGCAUUGAAGCGGAAAAUUCACGCUUUUGAGGACGACAUUUCCAAGAUCGUUGAUAUGCCAACUCCAACGGUCAUUUCCGAGUCUCUAGAGCCUUAUUUAUCUCUACUUCUGCUUGACCAAAAAAGGUUUUACCCCGCUCUCUGUUACCUUAGGGAAUUGAUUAAAGUAGCACAAGGGGCUGGCUCUCAAGCAAAUGUCGUUUGUCCAAUCUCCUCUUCAGAUGCCGUGGUUGAGAAAAUAUUUUCUUCGUGCCUCCAACUUAUGGAUUCCUGUCGAGCAUCAUUGGACCUGUUUAUUCCGCUUUCUACAGGAAAGACCCUUUAUGAGCUUUCUCAAUUGAUAUCGGAAGCAUUCACGGCCUUCAGUCUAGACUKGUGGGCUCUGAGCAUUCAAAUGGAAAGUUUAGAUCCGAAAUCGAGUAUUCACAUGCUAAAUGCGGACGCGAUGGCAUCGCUAUCGCUGAUAUGGCAAUUCCCGAUCGGCGUAUAUGUCCGAAACAUCGGCAAACGCGGAACCUCGUCGACAGCUGGGAACCAGUCGUCGGUGGAUCCUGUGCUUACUGCAAUCCCGUCCCUGAAAUCCUUUGACAUUUCAAAGAUCAAGUCGUGGAUUUUCACCACAAUUCGACCGCUCUCGAAGAACUUUACCAGUGCCGGGGAAUUUGAACGGUUUUAUAUCCUGAUUUUUGAGUCCCUAUCUCAGGCGAUUGAGGAAAAGCUCUGGAGCGCUCGAUUCCCGUCUCUUGCACCUACGUUUUUAGAAAAGGUAUUUUGGGUGGCUUUAAUGGUAGCUGCUGACGGAUCUGGAUUCGAUCCAAUCUGUUGCCAUCAAUGGCCUUUCGUCGCAUUUGCUGGUCGACCAGCUAAAUAUGGCGUUUACAACGUUGCAAAGCUUGGUGUCUGUGCUGCUGAUACCUCCAAGCACGGCACCUGCCGAGUUUGUUGA